ACAGCAGUAUUUCCUCACUCCCAAUCAUCACUUCUGCACUUUCAAGUUUCGAAUCAUGGCAAUACUCAGCACCCGGCUUAGUCGCUACUUCUCCCUCUCCCGGCGCUCCCAAUCUUCCACCAUCCACCCCACCUCAGCGCCCAAGAUUUGCAAGUCGAAGAUCUCGAAACCUAUCAUUCCUGACGAGGAAGACACACACCCUCUCACCGCCUCGUCACACCAGUAUUCGCACUCCCACUCAUCGUCUAUUCACACCAUCUCUGACGCGGACCUACGAAACAUGGAAGACGAAAAGCUUUCUCGGCGCCUAAAGGACGAUAUCGACGACAUCCUCGCACAAUACCAGUACACACCCACAACCACCGCACACCCCACCGCAAACCCUUUCCGUGACACUGAAAUACGCAUCGAAGCAGCAAGUCCAGCUUCAACGUACUCUACUGCAUCUCCGAUCGUCUCGGCAAAACUUGAGCGCUUCCAAAACACGCCGCCUCCUGCGCCGAGCUGGGAGAAAGUGAGUUUUGGACGUCAGACUAGGUUGUUUGGACCUGAGGAGUUUACGGAUUUUGGCGUCGAAUGGAGGGGAAGGGUGGAUUUGGAAGCUCGGAGUCAUAAGAAUUGGCGGGGGGAGUUUGGGAAGAGGGGGUAUGCUGUUUUGUAGCGAGGGUGUGGGAGAUGGGUUUGAUAGAAGUAGUGCGAGUGUUGUGUUGGACUAAACAAGUGUUGAGAAGUCGUUGAAGUUCUUUCGCUGUUCGGGUGGGGGUUGAGGCUAUGUGAGCGGAGAGCUUGGGAGAUUGCGAGCAGGGAAUUUGGUGAGCGUAUGAGGUAUUAUGAGGGUUGAAACCAUAUGU